GACACACACACACACCCCGACGUUCCACUGAGAUAUUGCGAUCUGUGAGCAGCAGUAGCAGUAGUGGCAGCGAGACCAUGACAAGCAACUGUUCGUUUGAAGGGGUGGACGAGCUGAUGAGAUAUUUGGAGCUGGCUAUCUACAUGCCCAUCUUCCUCCUUGGUGUGAUUCUUAAUGUUGCAGCACUCUUAGUCUUCUGCCUCUUGCUGCGGAAAUGGACGGAGUCAACUAUCUACAUGACCAGCUUGGCCCUGAUGGACCUGCUCCUCCUCUUCCCUCUUCCCUUCAAAAUGCACUCCACCAAUCACCGCUGGCCCGGCCACCUCCAGCCUCUCUGUUCGGUGUUGGAGAGCCUGUAUUUUGUUGGGAUAUACGGCAGCAUCUACACCAUCAUGUGUAUAGCUGUAGACCGAUGGCUGGCUAUCUGUCACCCAUUCAAAGCCAAGCAGCUGCGUUCACCCAAAGCGGCUCUGGGGACCUGCAUCGGGGUGUGGGUGCUGGUGCUGACAGCGAUGUCUCCCACCGUCUAUCAGUUCAGGGAGGCUGAUUUGACGGACUUCCAUUGCUUCCACAGGUUUUCAGCAAAAGGCUGGAGCCCUCCGGUUAUUAUCUGCCUGCAGGUGUUUGGGUUCCUGCUGCCCGCGCUGGUGUUGGUUUACUGCUCAGUCCAGACCAUUGUGGCGCUUAAGCAGUCCGGCCAGCGCAGUGCCCAGAGCCGAGCCUGUGUGAAGAUCAUCUACAGCAGUCUGAGUGCCUUCCUGCUGCCUUUCACCCCCAGCCACCUGGCCAUUCUCUUGCAAUUCUUGGUACGCCAAGGAAUAAUUCAGGACUGCAGCAACAAGACCAGGAUCAGCCUGUUCAUACAGAUAGCUAUGUGCCUGUCCAACAUCACCUGCUGUCUGGACGCUCUGUGCUACUACUUCAUUGCUCGUGAGGUGAGGAGCACCAAACACACCUUCAGGAUAUCAAUGGUCAGCCAAAGAAGAGCCACCUUCAGCACCUCAGAGGUCUGAACACAGAGACAAUGCAAGUUCAAAUUUAUAUUUGCCCUCAGAGGACGGCUGGUGGUGAAUACCAGAUUUGGCUUCCUGAUUUUAGGAGGGGAUUUAAACUAAUAAAGAGCCGGUAUUGUUUCCAGAAGGUGAUAAUGUAGCCUGCACUAAGAGUAACAGGGUCAGAGUGCAAGCUCAGUUAACCACAGUGCUUGAAAGUAAGGUGAAAAUGUAGCACAGGGAGAGGAUCUGACAAGAUGUGAUACACGAUUUGGUCCAGUGACAGGAAGCCUGUAACUUAGGUAACUGUAGACAGCUCUCAGAAUUUCGGCUGCAAAAAACAAACCCACAAGCCACAAUGUGACUUAUUCUUAUGAUGAUUAAUGGAUGAGCUUGUGAUUUGGUUAGGCACUUCCAGAUCAUCCAGUCCUACACGCUGAGAAAACUGAUGAGGGCUACGAUGCAUUUUAAAGCAGUUAAACUGAGCAGUGGCAGCUUGUUGCAGAGCUUUGUGUCUAUUGUGUUCAACAGUGAAGUCAAAGGAGCUCUUACUGUUGUCAAGACCAACCAUUAAAAAUCUGAGACCGGUUUGAUUCCAUAGAUAGUCAUUGAAUUGUAUAACUUCUUGUAACUAACUAUAACAAUUAUAGGUUUUAUUCUUGUAGCAUCUCUCAUAUAAAAUUCAUAUUUGCAUAAAAAGUCAACCUGAAAAAAUAAUUUAAACUCAAGCAAGUAAAUAAACUGAACCUACAUAUUUAUUCAAACGUUAAUUUAAAAAUUCACUUACCUAGGAGAUGACUACAUCAGGGCACCGAGCAGUUGAGAUCUGAAAAACACACAAAUGUAACUGAUUAAUAUAAAUUGAUAAUUACUGAGAAAGAUCACUUUCAAGUAAUUUUAUCUAUCAGUGAUUAAAAAAAAAUCUAGAUAUAUGGCAUCAGAUAUAUAUUUAGCCCAUAAAUGUUGGGUAUUCUGAUGUGUUCAUUUUAAUUAAUCAUGGACAGAAGAUACAAUUACGUAUCCAUCCAAUAAAUUACUUUAUAGUCUAAAAACAACACCUGAGGCUCAGAAACAAAUAUUUUCUAUAGAAUUAAACUUAUACAAAAUUAUUAAAGCAAACUCAAAUAAUGUUCAUACUUAACACAUUUAAUAUAGUUGCCCUGAUAUGAAUGAGGAAGCAAAUAAGUGGAAAGGUCUGCUGAACAUUUUGACUGACUGUAAAGUCACCACAAUGUGUAUAUAUGACAUAAAUGUAUUUUUUAUUAAAUUAGAUUUUUGU